AUGAAUAGAGGUAAGGCACACACCACUGAGUCCUCUGGUCCUACCAGAGAGUUCAUAAAAUGGACUGAGGAUAUGGACGCACGUCUCCUGCACUGUAUGAUUGACGAAGCAAGAAUCGGUAAUAGGGUUGAUGGGAGUUGGACAUCCCAAGCGUAUAAUAAUAUUGUAGAUCAUCUUCAUGUAUCUGGGUAUGUCGCCAUUACAAAAAAUAAUGUUAAAAACCGUCAGAAAGUCUUGAAAGAUAAAUGGCGUGAGGUUCAUGACCUUUUUUCUGGAUUAAGCGGUUUUGCUUGGAAUCCCAUUACUAUGCGAUUUGAUGCAGAGGACGAAGUCUGGAUGGACCUCAUUCAGUCGAGGCCAACUGCGGCGAAGUGGAGAGUGAACNGUAUCCGCCAUUACGAUUUAAUGGUCGAGUUAUGGGCUGCAGAUCGAGCNACAGGUAGCGGUGUUCGGACCGCGCGUCAAAUACGUCGAGGAAGGGAUACGCCUCGUGUUAAUGUUGACCUCAAUCAGAAUAUUGAGUACACUCCUGAGGAGCCAGACUGGAUGGGGUACAAAGACCCUACUCCGCCAUCACCUCCUCCCUCAGUUGAUGAAUAUAGUCCAGGUGGGACUCAAUCUGUGCCUUCAGUCCCAUCCGAUGGGACUUCAUCCUCAAGAGGUUCGAAAAGGAAGGCAGCUAUGAUGGAUGUUGUUGAAUCCCAAUUUGAGAAGUUCACUACCAGCCUGGACGGUUUCACCAAUGUCCUUAGUUCAUCAAAUGUUCAUUUUGGUGUUAUUUCUAAUGCAGCAGUUGAACAGGUCACAACCAUGAAAGAAAGAAAUGAAAUCCUACGUCGGUCCACAAGCUACACUUACACAGAAUUUGACAUUUAUAAUAUGCUGACUGGUAUGAUCAUAUCUGAUGAAUCCCAAUUGGACCAAUGCUAUGACUUCUUAUGUGACAAGCCCAAAUGUGUUAAGAAGUUGAUGGGACUCCCACCUCACAAAAGGUGGAAUAAAUUAUGUCAAAUGUUCUGCAGCGGUGAUUCUUAG